UUAUUCAAGCAAAAACAGGUAUCAUAGCUAGCCCUUUAGAAAGAUGUCUUCCCUUCUUUCUGUUGCUCCUAUCGGCCAUCAGCAUUUGGUUCAAAAUGGAAAAACAGAUAUCAUUCGUCCGUUGGUGAAUUUCGAUCCUAGCAUUUGGGGUGAUCAAUUCCUCAAUUAUGCUCCUGAUGAUAUGGUAUACGAAGCUUGUCCUGAGCAAGUUGAAGAGUUGAAAGAAGAAGUAAGGAGGAUGCUAAUGGCUGAUGCCAAUGAUCCUUCAAAGAAAUUGAACUUGAUUGAUUCAUUACAACGGCUUGGUGUGGCAUACCACUUUGAAGAAGAGAUAGAAGAGUUGCUAGAGAAGAUGCAGGAUACCCUCCCUGAUGAUGGUUUAGAUGGCUACAGCCAUCUUUACACCAUCGCUUUAUGGUUUCGAUUACUGAGACAACAAGGGUAUAAUGUCUCAUGCAAUGCUUUCAAUAGGUUCAAGGAUAGUAAAGGCAGGUUCAAGGAGGACUUAAUUAAAGAUGUGCCUGGCAUGCUAUGUUUGUAUGAAGCUACAUUUCUUAGGGUACAUGGAAAAGACAUUCUAGAUGAAGCCUUGGUGUUCACAACCACUCAACUUAAAUCUUUAGUUACUGAUUUAAAGCCUCCUCUUGCAACACAAGUGAUGCAUGCAUUGAAACAACCCCUCCGCAAGGGCAUGCCAAGAUUAAAAGCUAGGCAUUACAUCUCUAUUUAUCAAGAAGUUAAGACAAGGAAUGAGACUCUGUUGAAGCUUGCUAAGUUAGAUUUCAAUUCACUGCAGUCAUUUCACCGGCAAGAGCUAAGCCAACUCUCAAG